AUGACGCAAUCAUUGGAAGCAUUUAUGAACAAAGUUAUUUCGGUGAUAACUGGUGAUGGAAGAAAUAUUGUUGGUCUUAUGAAAGGUUUUGAUCAAACUAUAAAUUUGGUUUUAGAAGAUUCGCAUGAACGGGUUUUUAGUGAAGAAUCUGGUGUCGAGCAAAUUCCUCUUGGUUUAUAUAUAGUUCGAGGAGAUAACGUAGCGGUCGUUGGUGAAUUGGAUGAAGAUUUAGAUAAGCGUUUAAAUUUUUCAAAAAUGAAAGCUCCACCGCUCGGACCAAUUUGGAUUCAGUAG